ACAGAGCUUUUCCGGUGCCACCAGAAUAAUGUCUCUGAGACAUUCUAUGUGAAGCAGAGGAAAAUUUGAUGUUUGAUGAGAAAAACGGUCAUUUCACAUCAGAUCUUCAGCUGAUCUACAAUCCAACAACCAAGUGUGCUCCAUCAAUCAUGAACUCGAGCACUGAAACUCUAUCCACACACCCCACAGACUGCGCUGAGGUCCAGGUCCCCAGUCAGGUGUUCAUGGCCAUCGCUGUGGCCAGUCUGAGCGAGAACAUCUUGGUGAUCCUAGCCGUCAUCAAGAACAGGAACCUUCACUCUCCUAUGUACUGCUUCAUCUGCAACCUGGCCGUGUUUAACACCAUCUCCAGCCUCUGCAAGUCUUUGGAGACCAUCCUGCUGCUGUUUAAAGAGGCCGGACACCUGAACGGUCAUUUUGAGCUAAAUAUAGACGACAUCAUGGACUCUCUACUCUGCAUGUGCUUCCUGGGCUCCAUCUUCAGCAUCCUCACCAUAGCCGUGGACCGAUACAUCAGCAUAUUCCACGCUCUACGCUAUCACACGCUCAUGACCAUGCGUCGCGUGGUGGUAACGUUGUCCACCAUCUGGGUGUUCUGUGGCACCAGCGGAGUGCUCAUGAUCGGGUUCUCCAAUGCUGCUACGGUGAAAAUCUUCUUCGUUGUGCUCUUCUUCACAGCUCUGCUCCUCAUCCUCUUGCUCUACGUUCAUAUGUUUCUAUUAGCGCGCCACCAUGCCAACAGGAUCGCAUCUAUGCCAGGACUUCACGCACGCCAGAGACAAAGUGGCUUGAGGGGGGCGCUGACACUAACCAUCUUGAUUGGGGUGUUUGUGGCCUGCUGGGCUCCUUUCUCUCUUCAUCUGCUGAUUUCGAUGAUUUGCCCAGAGAACCCCUACUGUGAGUGCUACCGCUCACUCUUCCAGCUGCAUGUACUGCUACUGGUGAGUCACGCAGUCAUUGAGCCAGCCAUUUAUGCUUUCCGUAGCACGGAGCUGCGCAACACCUACAAGAAAGUGUUCCUGUGUUCAGCUUCAAGGAUAUUUAAAGAAUGUGUCUGAGGCGCGUGUCCCAGCAAUACAUGCUUCACACUGCUGAAGGAUAAAAAAAAGUCUACAGAACUGCUACUUUUUCAAAUGGAAAU